AUGGAGAGCGUUUUCUUCUUCAAGCCGUCGCCAGGCUGCGGCUGUUUCGUUCAGGUAGCGCCGACAGAUCUGUUCAAAACUUUCGACAAGAGCUUGGGAAUCGACGCCGGUCGCUUCGUGCUCCCCAAACAAAAACGCUCCUUGUUCCUCAAACGGGUCAGGGCCGAGUGCGUCCAAUGCACCCAGCAUUGCGUGACUUGCGUCACCGGCAUGAUAGGGGGUUCCCGUCUCAGUGACCGGCCCGAUAGAGGCGUUUGUAUUCAAAUCGCCCGGGAUGCGCUCCAACGAUGA